AUUGCUGUUACCUCCCUUUUAACCUCUUAACCUUAAUCACUUUCCAGAAUUUACAGUCUUACCUAGAGACCCCAUGUGGCUUUCGGUUAAAUGCUGUGGCGGUGACGUGGUGGCGCAUCAGCCAUGCAUCACUCGAAAACGGUAGCUCUGCUCUGGCUCACCUCCGCCUUGCUCUUCUUCUCUCUCUUCCAAAUGGCCCGCCGGGACUCCGACAAGGCACCCUCCGGCACGGGUUCUGUGAUUCCGAUCAGGGAUCGGAGGUCGGCAUUGUACGAGAAGAUGGCUGGGGAUUUGGACGAGAAAGGUCCGCUGUUUCUGAAUCACGGCCACACCUCUCAGUCUCUGUCGCUCUCCGACAUUUUUACGGUGAAGGAUGAUGGAUCCGUGGCACCUGUGCUCAAGGCAGCAAAUCCUCCCGUUCGUGCGAAUGUGUUGUAUCUGAGCACACAGUACUCGGUUCGAAUCUCGGAGGUGCUCAAACCGAUUCUUGAUCCGUACUUUGAUAAAUUCAUCUGGUUUCAGAACUCAAGUUUGUAUCAUUUUAGUAUGUUCCACGCCUCGCAUCAUAUUUCACCUGUUCCUGCGACCCAAGAUGAGAUUGAAGCUGAAGCAGCCACUGUUAGAGCUGUUGUAGAAGGCCUGUGCCCUUUAAAGAUUGUCUUGGACAGAGUGGUUUUAACCUCAACAGGUGUGCUUCUUGGAUGCUGGCAGGUAAUGUCUGGAUCAGAUCCUAUGACUGUCCGAGCAAAACUAAGGACCGCACUUCCACGUGCCCCUGAGAAGCAACUUUAUGAUGUUGCUAUUCUUCAUACAUCAUUUGCAAGGCUUUUGGGCGAGCCGAAGGCAUCAUCCAUGGUCCUCUCUAGUACUUUGGAUCAAAUCCACUUCUUUCAUGAGCUUGUUGAUCGUAUAAACAAAGAACUUCAAGGAUUUGAGGCAGUGGUUACCGAGCUCUGGUAUGUGGAGGAAUUCGACGUUUUGGCCCUUGCGUUGAAUGGGAGAAUGAAGGUGCGCAAGUUCCAACUUGGGUGCUCAAGACAUUGAUGGUAUGAAAUACAGUAAUAGCGCACAAGGUUUAUACAAGAUUUCACACGAUGUGUAGAUGGUAGCAUUUUUAGUUCAUCCCCUGCCCUUGGUCUAUUAAUGUGUUCCUCUAUUAUGGCCCGCAAAUUGGCUUAUAGUACUCAUCUGUACUGGAAAUCAGGGGAUAUCUUCACAAAUGGUGUAUGAAUUUUAGGCCAUUCUACAUUUUGGUGUACCAACUUUCAAAACUAUCAGAAUGGUGUAUCAAGUUUGCUCCAAUCUUUCAUUUUGGUGUACGCCGUUAAA